ACGAGGUGCAGCUGCUUGCAAAGAGAACUGCCCCAACUGCGUGAGGUAUGGAAGGACGCCGAUUCACGUCCGAGCUUAUGGGGGAGUAUGACAACACCAUGGAUUCUGAUCGGUCAGGUGUAGAGGACAUCGCUGGCACUCAGAUGGACCGAGGUGGAGGUCCACGACGCUCGUCGCCGGGUGGAAGAAUGGAGAACGUCGUGAUGGCCGAUCACACGGAAAGGCAGUCGCACGUUCCCGCAAACGCUUAUCCACAGCCCCAAACCAUGCACGCUCAGGUACAAGGUGCAGUGCCUGCACGUUUGUCUGAAGGUGGAUUCAUGCAUGCUGGCGGUGGAGAAAGGACUGCGUUUGCGGUUGAGGGGUGGCAUGGCGAGACAACUGCGAUGCAGUUCGGUGAUGAGGCCGUUGCUUUUUCCACACCUUCUCGGUCAGGGGGGCCUGCAGGCAAUGUUACGGGCAAAAGGACAGCGGACAAUGCUGUCGGCGAAGGUUCGGUCAUGCGGGGCGAUGUCGGUCGAUCGGCGGAGGAUACGGCGUCGGGACAAAAGAAGCAGCGUGCGAGGAGGGCGCCGAGGGCGGAGGGGGGGAAGAAGAACAACCCGUGGACAUUGGAGGAGCGGAUAGCGUUGGCGAGGAAUUGCGCGGAAGACUAUGCCCUCAUGGCCGACACCAACGGCGUGCAUAAGCACAAGACGCGUGCCAAAAGAUACGAAUGGAUCGCAGAUCGAUUGAAGGAGGAGGGGUACAACAGGACAGCAGAGGACUGCAGGAAGAAGUGGACGAAACUCAAGGAGAUCGUUAGCCAGAUAAGGGACAAGUGCUACAGGUCUGGGGAGGCAGGGUACUUCAACAUGACCACAGAGCAGCGAAGGGAGAAGGACGUCUGUACAACGUUCGAGGAGCCUCUUUGGGAUGCGAUGGAGUGGUGGCGAUUGAAGAAGUCGUACACGUGCGAUGCCACUCUCGCUUCAGAGGACCUGGCAGGUGGCGGAGGGAGCGGAUCGGGGCGCAGCGGUGGCGGUAGUGAUGGGGGUGAAGGUGGAGGGGGCAACUUGUCGGGGCAGGGCCAGGGGGGGACCGGACCGGGGCUUGCUGGUGGAGGGAGCCGAUCGGGCGAGAUCGGUGGAGGGAUCAAAAUCGGGGAAGGAGGCAUAGGAGGCGGUUCGACGAGGGGUGGGGGUGUCGCAUCCGAUGGCGGUGGCACAGACGCUUCGGACAUGAGUGGCAGGCCGUGCAGGACAUCGUUGGGUAGGGUGCGUGGCGACGCACCCACAUCCUCAUCUUUGACGAAGACAGCCAUGGAGGACUCGGCGAAAACUCUUUGCAAAGGUCUCAACAAAGCUUCCAGAACACUGGCUUGUGCUACAUGCGAGGGAGCGACUAUGAUGUCCACGAAGAUCGGCAACGUUGCAGUCCAGGUCGGAGCUGUCGCGGGUGCCAUGCACGAGGGAAACGCUGUUCUGCAAAGCCUCGUAGCAGUCAUAGCCGCCAGAUCGUCAAACUCCACACUCGGAAGAGGAGAGAACGACCCGUCAUAAAAGGGACUGGCCGAUGUGGACGGGUGUCAGACCCAUCAUAAAAGGGACUGACCGAUGUGGACAAAUGUCCAUUA